GACCAGCCUUCUCACCACAUCCUGGAUUACUUGUCCUACAGAUGUUUUGAUCUUUCCACAAAGAUCAUCCAGAAACCAUCGUAGCACUCGACAGAAUUUGACAUGCGAGCGGCGAAUGAUGACUGUAUUUCAUCUCCACAAACCAUGAUCAGACCUUUACCUUUACAAUGUGGAUACCUGACAGAGAGUACAGUAUCACAUGACUGUAGAGUUUGAUUUUCUUCCCUUUUUUUGUAGCGAAGAGGGUGUUGAGGAUAGAGCAUGUGUGGUAUAUCCCUGGUCACUGCGGAUCACUUGCUGGAUUUUUAACCUGAUGAGAGUGACAGACGGGGUUUGUUCCAAACUCAAGAUGUCUUUGUUUUGGCAAAGGAAAAUGUUCACAUUGAUGGCACUCUUCUGUGCUGUCACCUUCUCCAUGUUUGUGUUCAGUUACACACUGAGAGAGCCCUCGCUGUUCAGAUCUGCUCUUGGUCUCGGGGAGAGCGCAUGUGCCUGCCAUCGCUGUAUCACACACCUGCAUGAUAAUAAUGAUGAUGAAGAUGACGGCUGGUUUAUGGAGCGAUUUAACCAGUCCUUCCACCCGCUGAUGUCCAGGAAAAACAGUGUGCUCACAGAUGACACUUACAGAUGGUGGCAGUGGCUCCAGGCAGAGAGGAACCCAUCCAAUCUGAGCGUAGUAUUGGACAGAUUAUUCCAGCUAAUCCCCAGUGAGGAAAACUAUGUUGAUUCUGGUCCCGAUCGCUGUCGAACCUGCUCUGUAGUCGGAAAUUCUGGGAAUCUACGGGAGUCCAAUUAUGGAUCAUAUAUCGACUCCAGUCAUUUUGUCAUACGAAUGAAUCAAGCUUCUACACAGGGUUUUGAAAAGGAUGUUGGCUAUAAGACCACUCAUCAUGUCAUGUAUCCAGAGAGCGCUGUUGAUUUAGACAACAACACCAGUCUGAUCCUCAUUCCCUUUAAAACUCUGGAUUUGGAGUGGAUGAUCAGUGCAUUAACCACAGGACACAUCUCGCAGACAUAUAUACCAGUUAUUUCCCGCAUCAAAGCCAACAAGGACAAGGUGUUAAUCUACAACCCCAGUUUCUUAAAGUAUGUCUAUGAUUCGUGGCUGGAGGGUCAUGGCAGAUAUCCAUCCACCGGCUUUCUCUCUCUAAUGUUCGCAGUUCAUGUCUGUGAUGAGGUGAAUGUGUUUGGGUUUGGUGCAGACCAGUAUGGAAACUGGCACCAUUACUGGGAGGCCAACAUGCUGGGAGGAGCAUUCCGGCACACGGGCGUCCACGAUGGAGACUUUGAGUACAACAUCACACUGUUGCUAGCAGACAAACACAAGAUCACACUCUACAGAGGAGUAUGAGGACAACACAAGGCCUUAACACAACACAGCCACUGCAAAACACUUGUAAUUAUCAUAAUUUACUGUCUCUACAGACUGAAAAUUAUGAAGCUUUCAUUUGUUUUUCUGUCAGACCCAUUUCUAGUAAUAAAAAUGUUUGAAUAAUUAAUUCUGCAUAAUUUGUUACAUGAAAGGGCCUUUAUGUUUUACAGUAAAUUGUAAGAAAAGAAAAUGACCUCAAACAGGUGGUUUGUUGUUUGACUGUAUUGUACACAGGCACACCUGUUGCCUUGUUGUGCAUAGGAUCAUUGUGCAUCAUGUGUGAGUGUGCUUUGAGAGAGUAUGAGGCUGAGCAAGUGAGUGAGAUUUAGUCCAUAUGCUGAAUACAGGUCCACCUAAAUGACAAAUUGGCAACACUGAAAAAUAACUUUGUACAUCCUCCUUGACGUCUUUACCAUUUUAAUUGUUUUAAAACUUCCGUAAUCAGGUUAAUUAUUUCCUACAUUUGUGUUUUGUCUCUUUGUCGCAUGUUUACAAGAUUUUCACAGACAGAAAAAGAUUAAUUAGACUGCACAAUGCAUUGCUUAUAAGCUGAAGUUACUGAAGUGAAAGAGCAAGAUCGGAUGAACAUCUGAAUAUGCUUUUAUAACAGCAUUAAAGAUGCUCUUAAGACUUUAAUAUAGAUUCAAAUGAUUUGUCUUUAAAAAAAAAAAAAAAAGUCCUUGGAAAUACACAGACAGUGACAGAACUCUUAAAUACCAUAAAAAUGAGAAUAUUUCAGUCUCAUGUGAUUCCAGAUUUCCAAAUAUUAAUGCAAUGAAUUGUACAUCGGUACGAACAUUUUGUGUAUUAUUGAACAAAACUAAGAAACUCUUAACGCUGUUCUCUGUAAUAGGAAAGUAUUUGCUCUGCUGAGGAAGGAAUAAUUGUUUAUUCUCUAAAGUAGAAAAUAGCCACUUGCAAGUGGUUAAAUUAUUAAUGAGACUAAUAAUUACUGGUGUGGGUAUACAGUAUAUAUUAGAGAGAAUCGCAGAUCUUGUCUCCAUGUGAAUGAGGCUUUUGAAUUCAUAAUUUGACUUUCUUCCACAUGGAUUCAGAGUUGUUCAUGAGUCAUAUACUGUAGAUUUUUUAAAGGUUUGUCUUCAUUAUUAUCUUCAAUUCGUUCUAAGUGCCUUCAUUUCAGAGUUGCAUGUAAAACAAAUGUGCCUAAAAAUAUGUAUUUUACAUUAAAUAGAAAACAAAUAAUUUCUAGCAUGUUAAUUUAUGUCUAUGUUUUGAAGGUAAUUUACAUUAAUUCAGUGGUAUUUUUUUGACCAAAGAUAUGUUUUUAUCUCUGUGACUGUAAAUAAUUAAAUAAAAGACUGGUUUAGUGCUA